AUGGCUUCAAAGUUCGUCGCUGUGGCUGGUGCCACAGGUGGCUUGGGUCAGCUAGUUGCAAUGGAGCUAGUGAAGCGUGGCAUGCCAGUCAAGGCCAUCGUACGUCCUAACACUGACCCAUUGCGCACCGAGAAGCUUCGCAAUUCCGGCGUCACCAUCGCCCCUGUCGGCCUCGAUGCGAUACCAGCCCUCACUGGCGAAUUGUCCGGAGCGAUUUGUGUUGUCUCCACCCUCCAAGGAUUAGGAGAUGUUAUUCAUACUGCCCAGGGAAAGCUCCUCGAAGCUUCCAUGGCCGCCAAAGUGCCUCGAUUCAUUCCGUCAGAUUUCUCGCUGGAUUUCACCAAGACAAAGAUCGGAUCUAAUCGCAACUUGGAUCUGCGUCGCGAAUUCCACAAUGAAUUGAAAAAGUCUGGCAUCGCAUGGACUAGUAUCCUCAAUGGUGGCUUUAUGGAUCUCCUGGUCGGUAACUCUCCUAUGGUCAAUCAUAAGACCCACAAGGUUGCAUAUAUCGGCUCGACAACGCAACCCCUCGAUUUCACCACCAUGGUCGACACAGCUGCGUAUACAGCAGAAGUGGCUAUUGAUCCAAACCCCACACCCAAUUUUCUUCGCAUCGCCAGUCAUACUGUCAAUGUGAAAGAUAUCGCUCAAGCACAGAGCAAUGUUGAGGGUGUGACAUACAAUCAAUCGUGGAUGGGCACAGUGGGCUCAACGGAGCUCAUGAUCCGCGUUAUGAGGUUAUUUGGUGGCGAGAAUGAUGUUUUCCCAGCCUGGCAGGGUAUGCAGUAUAUGGUGAAUAUGUUCUCUGGUGCUGGAAAGCUUGACCCACUGGACAACAACAGAUACCCUGAUCUGACCUGGACUAAGGUCGAAGAUUUCUUCCGGGAGCAUAAGAAUAAAAAAUAUUGA